AUGUUGAUUUUUGAGAAUGUCAACGGUGGAACUUUAAGGUCAUAUUUACAUGAAAAUUCACAACACAUUUCAUGGAAUGAUAUGAUUAAAUUUUCAUUGCAAAUUGCAAGUGCUGUAAGAUAUUUACAUGCUAAAGGAAUAUCUAAUCUUGGAUUGCGUUCGGACGAUAUAUUUAUAAAUAAUAAAAAUAUAAAACUUGCAGAUUAUGGGCUUUCAAAUAGGUUAAAGGGACAAAUUGUUAAACAUAAACAUCACAGAUUUUAUAAAAAGUCUGAUGUAUAUAGUGUUGGCUUCCUUAUACAAGAAAUAUACAACAAUAGUCUAUUUAAUGAAAAUGGUGCCCUAUAA